AUACCAUCCCCACAGCUAUUAUCAUCGCAACACAGCGCACACACAAAAUAUUAAAAUCUUUCUUUCAUCAUCAAAGAGAAGCAAGUAAUGGAGGCAAUGAAGAUGAUGGUUGUUUUCAUGGUCGUUGCGGUGGCUUUCUCAGCCAUAGGACAAGCGACGGCCGCCACCGUGGAAGCUCCGGCUCCAAGCCCAACUUCUGAUGCUGCCAUGUUCGUGCCGGCAUUGUUUGCAUCUGUUGUCGCUUUGGCAUCUGGUCUUCUCUUUUGAGUCAAAACAAACAUUUCAUUUUUUUCUCCAUUAGUUUUAUUGUUUUGUUCAUGAGUUUGUGUGUGAUUUGAUUCUAUUUUGUACAGAGUAUUGUGUUAUUCUUAAUGUAACCAUCUGUUUCUAUAUGUGCUUGUAUGUAUAUCAUCAUUCAUCAGACUGUUUAUGAAUUCGAUUACCUUA